AUUAGGUUUCACCUCUAGGCUGUGAUGCAGUUCGUGCUUCAGACGAUCCAUUCCGUCCACACACACACACACACGCGCGCUCAGUGUCACUCUGCAGCUUCACACACAGUGCGCGCGCCCUCCGCUUUUACGCGUCCGACAUCUGCAGACAUCCCGACUCACCGUAUCAAACCAUCCAUGGAGGUAGCGCUCUUAGCAAGACAAGGGGAGCUCUUUUAGUGACAGUAAUUUCCCGGUGUACUGCGAGAUCUGAACAAAAUGUGGAACACAUGUCCGGUCAUAACUGAAGCCUCCGUUGAGAGCUGGGAAUUUUGAAGGAAAGCCGCAGACGUCUUUUCUCCCGUUUGCACACACAGCGGUUUGUAUAUGCAAACGGUGGUUUACUUCAGGAAGCCAUGGAGGGACUCGUCUAAGGAGGACCCAACAUAAUUGUCUUUUCCCAGUUGUCUUCUGGUUGAUUUUAAUCUUUACACCUCUUCCUGGCAAGAGUCGCCUGUCUCCUCACGCACAAUGGCAGAGAAGACUGGACUGGGGGUUCCGAAACCUGGAGGCAGAUCCACGUCUUCGCUUCCACCUGAGCCGAUCGAGAUCAUCCGGACCAAGGCCCGCUCCAGGAGGGUCCGCAUCAACGUCGGGGGCCUCAACCAUGAGGUCUUAUGGCGGACAUUGGACCGGCUUCCCAGAACCAGAUUAGGCAAGCUUAGAGACUGUAACACCCACGAGUCACUAAUGGAGGUCUGCGACGACUACUGCCUGAAUGAGAACGAAUACUUCUUCGACAGACACCCUGGCGCGUUCACGUCCAUCUUGAACUUUUACAGAACUGGAAAGCUGCACAUGAUGGAGGAAAUGUGCGCUCUGUCUUUCGGGCAAGAGCUCGAUUACUGGGGCAUUGACGAGAUCUACCUGGAAUCAUGCUGCCAGGCUCGCUACCAUCAGAAGAAAGAGCAGAUGAACGAGGAGCUGAGGAGAGAGGCAGAGACUCUGAGAGAAAGGGAGGGAGAGGGGGAAUUUGAUAACACCUGCUGCUCAGACAAGAGGAAGAAACUUUGGGACCUUUUGGAGAAGCCAAGUUCCUCAGUUGCUGCUAAGAUAUUGGCCAUCAUAUCCAUUCUGUUCAUCGUUCUUUCAACAGUUGCACUGUCCCUGAACACCUUGCCCGAACUCCAAGUGACAGACGAAUUUGGCCAAGCCAAUGACAAUCCUCAACUCGCUCACGUUGAAGCCGUGUGUAUCGCAUGGUUUACAAUGGAGUAUCUCCUGCGCUUCCUGUCAUCACCAAACAAGUGGAAAUUCUUCAAAGGGCCACUAAAUGUCAUUGACUUGUUAGCUAUAUUACCCUACUAUGUCACUAUUUUUCUGACCGAGUCGAACAAAAGUGUGCUGCAGUUCCAGAACGUGAGGAGGGUGGUGCAGAUAUUUCGCAUCAUGAGAAUAUUGAGGAUUCUGAAGUUGGCGAGACAUUCGACAGGACUGCAGUCUCUUGGAUUCACCCUCAGGCGCAGCUACAAUGAGCUCGGCUUACUCAUAUUGUUCUUAGCCAUGGGAAUCAUGAUAUUCUCAAGUUUGGUCUUCUUUGCAGAGAAGGAUGAGGAUGCAACCAAAUUUACCAGCAUACCAGCUUCGUUUUGGUGGGCUACAAUCACUAUGACGACAGUGGGCUAUGGAGAUAUUUACCCCCAGACUCUACUUGGCAAAAUAGUCGGUGGACUUUGCUGCAUUGCUGGAGUGCUGGUCAUUGCCUUACCCAUCCCUAUUAUUGUGAAUAACUUCUCCGAGUUCUACAAGGAACAGAAACGACAGGAGAAAGCCAUCAAGAGAAGAGAGGCCUUAGAACGAGCCAAGAGGAACGGAAGCAUUGUCUCAAUGAACCUGAAAGAUGCCUUCGCACGAAGUAUGGAGUUAAUGGAUGUUGCUGUGGACAAAAAUGACGAUAAACAGCCAAUGGACAACCACCUUUCUCCGAGUCGGUGGGGUAUUCCACAGCGCACAUCCUCGGAUACCAGCCUCAGAUCCUUUGACAAGAAGUUUCCCAACAGCGGCCCACACGAGUCACGGGAAUACGUCAGAACGCCGAGUCCACAGCAUCUGAACGCUCAGAAACUGGAGGAAAUGUAUAACCAGAUGACAAAGACACAGUCCUUCUCGGAUCUCAGCACAGCCAACGGCACACAACCUGCAGCCAUGUCAAAACAUGAGGUAGAGUUAGAGAUGAAGGAAGUCCCAACUGCCAAUGAACACCAACCCAAGGAAAGAGCCAUCACGGAUGUCAGAAGCAUAUCGAGCGUUGACAGCUUUGCAAGCUGCACUGCUGAAUUUGGACAGGGUGAGAAGGCAUCCACCCCUUCUUAUACAGCAGAGCAGGUUCAGCAAAGGCAACCGAAAGUACCUCUGAACCUUCAACUUGGCCAGCUGACCCCCUCUGACAUAAGUCCCGAGGAAAACUCUGGGACUGUCAACCAAGACACCGACCAGCAAUCAGAUGAUGAGAACUUCAAUGAGAUGGUGGAGAACAUCAGAAGCUCCAUUCGUGGCACGAAUCCAAUGAAGACAAAAGGCCUCAAAGUCAACUUCAUUGAAAUGCCAGAGGAUGCUCCUCUGACACCGCCCAACACUUCAUCUCCACAGGAUGUCAACAACAGUCUUCUGGAAGAUGACUCCCCGGAGGGAGAGUGCUCUCCUCUCUGUUCGGAUUCGGAGACACUGGGUAGUAUCCCAGUAAAAGGCUUGGUUCUUUCUCCAAAGAUGCUAGCUGGCGGAUACCAUCCUGGUGAGACGGUGCUGCUUCUGGGGAACCUAGAUGAAGAGGAGUAUGAGGAACAGAACCAAUUGGAAGUGGCUUCCGCAGCCAUCUCCUCACCCAAACUAGCAGCACAGAACUGCACUCAGGGUGUAGUCAGUGGUAAUGGGGAGGAAAAGCCAGACUCCAACCAAACUGAACACAAGAUAGAGAACCACAUGUUUACGCCAGAGAUCCAUCUUAUGCCAGGGGAUGGCAAUCACUCGCCAUCUUGCGAAACCGGGAUGUGACUGUGGCCUGACAUUCGGACAGAAUGGAGUGCACUGGAGGAGAAAAGGGCACGCGGAUGUGGUCUGAAUGAUAUUUUUGCAUGGCAUGAAAAGUCCCUUGUAAUUGUGUUAUUGUCAAUAGCGCAAACAAGACUGCAGUUCUUGCAGCCGAGACCUGGAGAAUGCGGGUGCAAACUAGAGGCUUGUUUAGAAUGUAUUUACCAAACAAUGAGGACAUCGUUGACCUACCUGUACAUUUUACCUUUUCACUUCUUUUAUUAUUUUAUAGAGACAUACAGAACCAUAGUGGGACAGAUCUACAAGAGCAUGCAUAUUAACAAAGCUGUUUUACGGUGCUUAGUUUGCUGAGAGCACUCCACGGUAAAUAUAGAGACUACCGCAAUGACAAUGCACAUAGCCACAGAGGGCAAAGUAGAUGUCAAAAGGGUUUUUUGUUAGCCUUUUUAUGUUUUAAAGAGGGAAUUUUCAUCAAAGACUGUGAAAAGUGAGCUGCAAAGUAGCGACGUAUUGAAACAUAUCAUGACUUUCUGUAGAAAAGCAAUGUGUACCUAAUGCAGAUGUGUUUUGUGUUAAGAUUUAGGAAUGGUCUAUAAUAUCAUAUUUAUUUGGGGAUUUUAUUUUAAUUCUUUUUUUAUUUUUGGUUUGGUACUUAAAUUAGAAGCAUCAAAAUCUUUAUUUAUUGACCAGAUAGAUUGCUCCACUUUUUUUUCUUGAUAUCAGAGUUGCAUAUACACCUAUAGUUGCCAAAUAAGAAUAGCAAACAGAUAAUAUACAGUAGCUAGAAAUGACAUUUUGACAUUUAUGUAUCGCGAUAGCGAUGCCUGGAUAAAGUUAGAUGUCAACUUCUCAAAAAAAAAAAGCUUAAUGGCCUGCUUUUAAGUUCAAACACAUAUCACACAAACACAUGGUUACAGCAGGUAUGUAUGUCUUAACUUAUCUUUACAUACUCAAAUAUACAAUAGCACAAACAGUUGAUUUAAGUAAAACUAGUCUACGUAGUGGAGUUAAAGUAAUUUAACUAUCAAAUCAUUAAAUCCUCAUUCUGGUCAUUAAAACCUACAAAUAUUGUUCACAUAUUUCCCUUUUAAAACUAAAAACCUCAAUCCUCUUGGUAAUGCUAUAUUUACUUAUCAAAAGGACCAAAACCCAAACUGUGUUUUCAUUUACACACAGACAUUAAACUUAAUAAUUUUUCACUUGACAAGAGUACAGUAGUGUAAAUGGCACUAUAGUUUUAAUUUUUCACAUGAGUUAUUUCAUUUUUAUUCAUAUAUCACCUUAUCUUUUCCAUUCAGAUGCCUGACCUUUGAGUCAUUUCUUACUAGAAACUCACAUUUGUCUGGUUUUACUGAGUAUUAAGAAAUAUUUAUUUCUCUUUUGAGUUAUGUAUUAUCAUCUGGCUGAGUUUUGUUUUUGUUUUUUUUUCCCUGUCACCUGAGAGAAUAUCCAUUUUAUGUUGCCUUUAUUCCAAGAUUGCUGGAAGUAUAUGUAUAAUACUUGCUUUGGCAUGGCAGUUGGCUGAUUGUUCAAAAUGUACAUUGUGUUUGGAGAAAUCUGAAUGGGCCGAAUGAAGAUCGUGAAAGACAAGGAGGAGGAACUCAAGACUUCAGCUGGCUCUCGCAGUUACGCUAUGGUGGAAAGUGCAAUACAGCAUACUGCAAUCUAUGCAGGCCAAGAAUUGUGGCACUUUAUUUACAGUCUAAUGGAUUUGUAAGUGUACAGGCAGAGACUUCAAUUGUAUUUUUCAGAUGAUAUAUCUUUAAUAUUUAAAAUAUCAGUGUUACCACUCAAAAAAGAUUUGACGUUUUACAAAAACACCGCGUGGCUGUCAGAAUCACUCCGGUUAUACUCUUCAAAAAAGAUUCUCUUGACAAAAUCGACCAGGAGGGUCUUUUAUAAAUGUCUACAAACAGGUUUAUUUGAAAUCUGAAAAACAAACUUGUGAAAUGAUUUAAUGGGCUCAUAAAAGGUAUUUUAUGUUUUAUUAAUUAAUGCUGACAGUGGUUCUAUUUUUUCUAAACCAAAAUUCUGCACGACCACAAUUUCCUGCCAUAUGGUGGUUAAAAUGACACGUGCCUGUUCAUAAACAUUUAUGAGAAGGCUACAAAUGAGUUGGCUUUGUUCAUAUAGCACUGUACAGAAAAUUAUACUUUUUAUAGGGGAAAAAAAUCAGGUCUUUAAGUAAUAGAUAUGCGUAAUAUUAAGUUCUCAGGUUUUCUACGACACUAAUCUUCUGAUAUGGUGGAUGUCUAUGUUUUCCUCAUUUAAAGAAAGCAUCAUCUUGUUUCUUUUGUUGUCAUUGUUUUUUUUUAAAAGAAUGUCGUCACAUGCCUGUUUUGAUUUUGACAGACUGUUGAAUAAUGGCCCAUCUCAUGCAUUCCCACAGGAUGGUCAGCUUCCCUGCUGUGCUUUAUAUGCCUCAUAUACAAUGGCCCCAAAAAAUAUUUGGACACAAUGUAUGAUAUUUAUUUUAUUACAAAAUAUCAAAUUACGUGGCAUUAUUUUAAAGAUAUAUAGCACAAGCACACUUUUAAAGCAAAACAUUUUUACAAAAAGUUAGGUUUCAAGAUUAGGACAGAUGAUUUUGGACACUUUCUGGUUGUCAAAUGUUAAUGUACAGUAUAUACUGGUAGGAAAUAGUACUCAAAAAUGACUCAAUCACUUUGACAAAUGAAGAAAAGUUGAGAAAAGCAUUAUGCAAAUGCUACUUGGUGUGAUAUUUUGUAUCAAAUGCAAUGACAUUCACACAAGUGUCCAAAUAUUUUGCGGCGAUACUGUAUAUAAAUAUCGAGGGUACAGUCACUGAUGAAUAAAGUUUUAUUACCAAUUUUGUGCCUGGCUAGCACUGCCUGUAGGCACCUCUGUUAUAGUAAAUGAAUAGACUUUGUUUUCAGAGAAAGAUAUUUUACAAUUUCCUUAGUACCGUAUAGACAGCAACAACUGCUUAAAAGGAAUAGCUCAACAAAAAAAAAAGGUAAAUUCUGUUAUUUAUUCACCCCCAUGUCUUUCCAAAUGUGUGACUUUAUUUCUUCUGUGGAACGUAAAAGACAUUUUGUCCUUAAAAUGAAAGUCAAUGGGGUUCACUUUUGUUUUGGACCCCAUUGACUUUCAUUAUAUAGACCAAAACAGUUUUAUAUCUUCUUUUGUGUUCCACAGAAAGAAAGAAAAAAACAUCAGGGUGAUUAAAUGAACGUUUUUGGAUGAACUAUCCCUUUAAAGACAUUGGAUACCAUAAACACAAGCAAGAUGAAAUGCUAGCUCAUAUCAUAUAAGUGCUUGCAUAUGCUUAGAAAUCCAAUUUCAGAGCCUUGAUCAUCUGAACAGCUCAUUAGAUGUUAUUUAUAGCUAGUUUGUUGGUAUCCCAAUAUACUAUUUUUAUCUGUCAACGGCAGACUCUCAUUUCAUGAUUACAGAUCAGAUUCAUAAAUUGCACAAAUAAAAGUUUCACACCAUUUACCACCCGAAUAAAGGCAAAUGAGUGGGGCUCAAAGUCGGUACUGUUAAACUCUUUUGUUUUCUUCAUAACUCCAGGCAAUCAACUGCUUUUUUACCUGUAGCAUGUCAUCAUAUGACUAUAGAAGCAUCUCCCAUGAGCCUUUAUGGGAGCAGUAGAUGCAAAGGGAUUUGUGUAUGUGUGACUUUGCUCAUGUGUAAAUGGUAAAAUGAACUCUAACAGCUGAUGGACUGUGAACAAGCAUGUUUCUCAUUACAUGAUCAUGUGUGAUAUAUUGUCAUGGUAAGCGUGUGUUUUAUUUUAUUUAUUUUUUGUUUUUUUGUUUGAAAGCGAGGUUAAAUAUGAAUGUGUCAUCCAUGUGUCAUAGCCUGUUCUCCCAUGCAUAAUUGCUACAUUGUAUUUCUUCCUCUCACUUCUUCUGCCUCUUUUCUGUUUUUGUUUGUUUAAAUGUUAUCUUGUAUCUUAAUGUCCGUAGACACCUUUACACUGCAGACUGUUUCUGCACAUAUCAGCAUCUUUGAAUGCAUGUAGUAGUCUGUACAAUUAUGUGAUCACUGAACACUUUGUCAUGGUACAUGUAUGUCAACAUUUCUGUAAAAUAAACCGCAUUGUCUAUGUUAAGUCUACUAGCAUAUGCAGGAUAUCAAAUAAAUGUGUAAAUAACUCACUUGUGUUCUGCA